AUGACAAUGGAAGAAGAGUCCUUGGCAACAGUCCCAUUUGACAGAGCUAUUGAACAGGCAAUUGUGUCUAUCAAAAAAGGUGCAUAUUUACUUAAGUGUGGUCGUAGAGGAAAGCCGAAGCUCUGCCCUUUCAGACUUUCCCAGGAUGAGAGAAAUUUGAUUUGGUAUUCAGGACAGCAGGAAAAGCAUUUGCGAUUGAGUGUAGUUACAAAAAUUGUUCAAGGGCAAGAAAAUAUAAGGUCCCAGAGGCAAAAUGAACCCGAAAAGCAGUGCCAUUCGUUUUCGCUAAUCUAUGCUAACGGUGAACGUUCUCUUGAUCUGAUAUGCAAGGACAAAGCACAAGCUGCUUCUUGGUUUGUUGGCUUGAAAGCUGUUAUAUCUAGGUGUCAGCAUCCUCGAGCUUUUAGUAGUUUAAGAAGUUGCAAAGGGGUUCAGAGUUGUGUUAGUAGUCCUGCUGGAAUCUUACGAAGAAAGAAAAAUCUUGGCCUUCUGGAUGAUACCUCUCAGUUUACUCAGGUGCAUAGCUUAUGUGCAAGUCCUACUUUGUCACUUUCCGAAAGGUGCUUUUCUGAUGGCUUGUCAUGUACUUCUGAUAACUUGUAUUCAUCCACGUCUUUCCCCUCCAGCACUCAUGGUGUAACAGAUAAUUCAGUGCCAAGUUCUCCAUACAUUGAUCCAGAUGUUCAUAGUAACAUUGAGUCAGCUCGCAUUGAUAAGGAGCACAAGAAGAAUUUGUCCUAUAGGAAUUUGAUGCAUUCUACCUCUGCACGUUUAGGAAAAAGUAAUGUAUUGAAGGAUGUAAUGAUAUGGGGUGGAGGGAUUGGAUGUCUUGUAGGGAUUGUGAAUGAAAGGUUUGUUCAAGGUGGGGUCUAUUCUUUAGUGCCAAAGUUACUAGAAUCCACUGCAAUGUUAGAUGUACAGAACAUAGCUUUGGGAGGAAAACAUGCUGCCUUAGUUACAAAGCAAGGGGAAGUUUUUUGUUGGGGUCAAGGACAGUGGGGAAAAUUGGGACAGAAAAUUGAUAUGGACAUUAGCUCCCCAAAAAUAGUUGAUUCACUUAAUGGUCUUCAUGUAAAACAUGCUUCUUGUGGUGAGUAUCAUACAUGUGCUUUGACAGAUUCUGGUGAAGUAUAUACUUGGGGAAAUGAUGUCUGUUGUGCAGAUUUGUUUAAUGAAGGGAGAACUAGAAGUCAGUGGAUACCGCAAAAACUUGGCGGAUCCUUAGAUGGUAUUAUUAUCUCAAGUAUUGCUUGUGGAGAAUGGCACACUGCGAUUGUCUCUAGUUGUGGGAGGUUAUUUACUUACGGAGAUGGUACAUUUGGGGUUCUUGGCCAUGGCGAUCUUCGGAGCUGUUCAAGUCCAAAAGAAGUUGAAUCUCUUAGUGGACUGCGGGUGAGGUCUGUUGCCUGUGGAUCAUGGCAUACAGCUGCUAUUGUUGAAGUCAUGUUUGAUCGUUUUAGGUACAAUAGUGCUAGUGGUAAGUUGUUUACAUGGGGUGAUGGAGAUGAGGGGAGGCUUGGUCAUUCUGAUUAUGGAAGCAAGCUUGUACCAACAUGUGUUACACAACUUGUGGACUAUGAUUUUGUUCAAGUGUCAUGUGGAAGAAUGUUGACUGUAGCACUCACAAACAUGGGCAAGGUUUUUGCAAUGGGAAGUGCCAAAUAUGGACAGUUAGGAAAUCCACAUGCCAAGGAUAAAGCAGUCAUGGUUGAAGGACAACUCAAACAAGAGUUUGUUAAAAUUAUAUCAACUGGUUCAUAUCAUGUUGCUGUUUUGACUUCUGCAGGGAGUGUCUAUACAUGGGGCAGGGGUGAAAAUGGCCAACUGGGGCUAGGUGAUACUGAAGAUAGAUAUACACCUUGUUUUGUUGAGACUCUUAGAGAUAGACAGGUAAAUACUAUCACUUGUGGUCCAACCUUCACAGCUGCAAUCUGUUUACACAAACCUAUUUCUAUUAGUGACCAAUCAACUUGUAGUGGUUGUAGGUUGCCAUUUGGGUUCACAAGGAAGAAGCAUAACUGCUAUAACUGUGGUCUUUUGUUCUGUCGAGCUUGUAGUAGUAAAAAGAUUAUAAAUGCACCUCUAGCCCCCAGUAAGAGCAAGGCUUUUCGGGUUUGUGAUCAGUGUUUUGAUAAACGACAGGGAGGUACACAUUCUGUAAUGCCAUCAAAGUCCAGAAAUUUCAACAGUCAACAGCUGUUGAAGCAUCAACAAAAAAUUGCUGAUGUGACUGAAGACAGGGGAGAGACAACCGUGACACAAGGUCCUUUACUAUCACUAGGGCAAUCAUGUUACAGGAAAAGUAUGCCAAGUGGACGUAAGGAUUGGAAAAACCACCCAGAAAGCCAACAGGAUGUUGAAGAUAGUUCUUCUAUGCUAGGUGGAAUGCCACAAUGGGGGCAAGUUCCAUGUCCUGCCAUAUUUAAAAUUAAUUGUACAGAAAAUCCAGUUCAUGUUUCUUCAUCCAAGAAUAAACUAGCCACAGUUUCUUCUUUUAAUGUGGAAUCUACAACAUGUAACUUCUCUAAUGUACAGACAGAUACAACAAAGUCUGACAAGAUGCUCCUCGAAGAAGUUCAUAGAUUGAGAGCCGAGGCUAAGAGACUUGAAGAGCAGUGUGAGCUUAAAAAUCAUAAAAUACAAGAGUGUCAACAAAAAAUUGAGGAGAGUUGGUUUGUGGCAAAGGAGGAAGCUGCUAAGUGCAAGGCAGCAAAAGAGGUCAUAAAAGCUUUAGCACUAAGGCUUCAUACAAUAUCAGGAAAAGAUAACUCUGGACAAGAAGCAAAAGUUGGACAACGUGAAUAUGUUCCUAAUGUAACACCUAUAGUUACAGAUGUGAAGAGUCCAAGAGAUGGCAAUAUGGACAGUCUAUCCAAUUCUCCUAUAGUAUUUUCUGACACAUUAAAAUCCAAAUUUGGGAGAAGCAUGCUCCCCAAAAAUCAAACUUCUAAUUUAAAUAGAGCAGAAUCUCAACCAGACAAUGGCUUCAAGGCCGAAUGGGUAGAACAAUAUGAGCCAGGUGUUUACAUCACAUUUACAACCUUACCAUGUGGGAAAAAAGGCCUUAAGCGAGUGAGAUUUAGUCGCAAGCGAUUCUCGGAGAAGGAAGCUGAAAAAUGGUGGGAAGAGAAUCAAGGCACAGUGUAUCACAAGUAUGGGAUUGAAGGAUAUACAAAUACCAGCCAAAAUCAGGUGAAAGGCUAA